AACGGUCUCGUUUUGUUUUUUUUGGUUAAAAAAAUAGGCGCUCUCUCCCUCUGAAAUCGGCGCAGGCUCUGAAAUCUUCCUCGCCGUCGUGAACUCGUGGGUGUUUGCUGCCGCCGAGCUGCUUUUGUCUUUGUCCCUCUGAAAUCUAUCUACCCGCCUCGCCUAUCGUCGUGGACUUCCUAUCGUCUGUUGCUUGCAGCCCAACUCCAUCAUCGUGCUCUUCAAUUUCCGGAGUUAAACUCCAUUUCGGUGAUCAUAAAUUGCUAGAUGAAAUUGGAAGAUAAUAAAUUGCAAGAAUGUCAUCAUUGCCCUUCUUCAAUGGCUUGGAGGAGUCGUCUGAAUCAAUUGGCUUACUAAGACAUCUUCGUUAAAGCAUCUGGAACAAUGCAUAUUUCAAAGAUUUCAGAUGCUCUCACUGAUUGUAAUUUAGUUGUAAAUGGCACAGGUGAAAUAGGUGUUUGCUGAUUAGAAGGUUUUAUUGAGUGUCUAAGAAACAUGUUUAGACAAGCUUUGGGCAACCUUUGCAGCAAAAGUAUGUAUGCUUAUGAAGGGAACCGAGUUAGGCCUUGGAUUUAUGCGCCCUCAAGUUAUUUCCACAAUGGGAAGGUUCACAUGUCACCACGGAGCUUUUUUGGCGUAGAGGAUUUCCUUGAUGAUGACAACAGCCGGCCUUACACUUAUCAGAAAGAGAAGAAAUCAAAGAAUCCAACUAAGCAUGUCUCAUUCAAGCAGAGAACAGUUGCAUAUAUGGAACCUUUCACGCUUGAUGUGCUUAUCUCAAAACGCUUUGUAACAGCUUCUAUCACUCAUAGGAUGACAAGCAAACAAGUUGCAGUUGCAGGCACCAACUCUAAGGACAUAAAAGCCGUCCUUCGGUCUCGUUCCGACAUACCGGCAUGCUUAGCGAUUGGCCAGAUUUUAGCUGAAAGGGCAAGAGAAGCUGAUGUUUACACUGCUUGUUAUACUCCAAGAGAAAGGGACAAGUUUGAAGGGAAAAUUAGAGCUGUGGUUCAAUCCCUCAUUGAUAAUGGGAUUGAUGUCAAAGUUUAUCUUGACUGAGUUAGCUUAUUAAAUGUGCAAAUAUUAUUAGUGAAGUUCUCUAAGUAGCAGUUGGCAAUGAGCCAAAAGAAGUUCCUGAUAUAUUGGCUAGUAGUGAUAUAAUCCUCUUGUAUGUUCGUUCACUCAUGUCAAUUUAGUCUAAAGGUAUGUUUCAACUAUGACAAUGUUGAUUAUCUUUUUCCUGGACUGAUUUUGUAGUUGAUUUUAUUUAACAAAUUUAUUUAAUUCA